UACAAGCAUUAAAUCCAGUUGCCUGCACUAAAAUUCUAUAUUCACCUAGAAUAAAAUAUGAUGAUCCACAUUAACAUUGUGUAAACUGUUUUAAGGCUUCUUGUUAUUCUUCAAAAUGGCAUAGAAUGUUGUCAGUCUGCAACUAUGGCAACAGAUGAGAAGUUGCAACCAGUCCUAUUUUGACAUCAUCAAAAUUCUACUUCGCCGAACUAGAAUGUUGCCGUUUGAAGAUUCUAUUUCAUUCAGAAAGCAGUGUUUGACACACAUUUUCUUACUGAGACAACUACUGCGAUUUCUGAGCUGAGAUAACCCAUGAAUUUUGGAAAUAAUUCCUUCAAUUAUAACCAGGAGGCCUUCCCCCAACAUCAAGGUGUACAGCAAAUCUUCACCAACCAGGCAGAGGACACUUCUUUUCAUGGCUUUGCCCCUACCACUGGCUCUGGAGUCAUCACCCAGCCAGGAUUUUGGCCUGAGCACCAUGGAUAUCAGCCCCAGCAACACUCUGGGCUACUGGGCAGCGCCACUGCUCAGCCACAAUUCCUGCCUGUGUCCGAGAUCCAGGUCCUCCAUCCCGCCCCCCUUCUGGGACACCAUGGGGGAGUAACCAUCCAGGGUAGAGCUGUACCCUUUGAUCGCCAGCUACAAGGCUCCAUGGUGUUUGUGGAUGCUCUGGGUCACCAGCAUGGCACGUCUGUGGUCUCUCACCCACAACUGCAAGCACCCCUUGUGACUAUGGGUAGUAACGGCCUACAGUACAGUGCCUCUAUGGCCUUCACAGCUCCACAAAUGCGACCUCCCGUCAUGUAUGGGGUUGCCAAUGGACAGCAGCUUGGAGCCUCUGGGCCUUUCCUCACCCCACAACCUCGGGCACCUGUCAUGCUCAUUGAUGGCCCAGCCCUACUGCACGGUGCACCUGUGCCAGUGUAUUCAGCAGGCCUGCAGCAUGGCAAUGCUGUUGCUUUGAAUUCUCAAGUGCCACCUUUUGUAGCAGUAAAUUCCACGCACCUUCAGCCUGUGGCUUACAUGCUCCAAGGGUCAAGCGCCCCAAUGCAGGUUCCUUGCAAUCCACAGUUGCCGGCGAUUGAACAGCUGUCUGCUGGACCUAGCAGCGCCAACCCGACCAGGCCUGCACCGGUGGUGAAGCAUCCAUCCCAGCAGUGCCAGCAGGACCCUAAGGCUUUUUCCUCCAGUAUGCCUGGAUCUGCAUGGUGCACUCAAAGCUGUGGCACUAUGGCUUCCUCAAGGCCAGUGGCAACUAAAACCGCUGUAGCUGACAAGCCCAAGAAGACCUGGGAUGAAGACCUGCGAGCCAUGCUUGGGUGCCCUGUGCCCAGUAGCACUAUUUGCUCACAGGAGAGCCUGGUGACUGAGAAAAAAUCAAAGAAAAGACGGGCAGAAGGUGCCAAGCAGAAGGACAAGGGUCCCUCCACCAACAACCAAGCACCAAAUACAGCCCUCACCAAGAUCACCAAAGACCAGGCACCUAAAAAGGCCAGGACUGAGAUCAACAAAUAUAAAGAAGCUAAGACAGCCCCCACCGUCCUGCCCAAGGAGUCCAAGGAGGCUGGGAAGAACAAAGACAAUAAGAGAAAGCAUAAAUCUGACGCAGGUGAGAAUACAAGGAAGAAGAAAUGCUGUAAGAGAGCAACCAGUCCCAAAGAGAAAACCACCAAGUCAACCAGCAGGGAUGAAGAGGACAAACCAGUCUUCCACAAGCUCGGUAACAAGGUUGAGAGACCAACCCACAGCCGCCCACAGCAGAGCCGCCCACAGCCAAGCCGCCCACAGCCGAGCGGCCUUCAAGAGAGACGCCCAGAGCAGAGCCGCCCACAGCAGAGCCGCCCACAGCAGAGUGGCCCACAGCCAAGCCGCCCACAGCCAAGCCGCCCACAGAGUGGCCCCCCAGAGUCUCCAGAGUACAAACCCCGUCCAAAACACUACAGGAGCAUUGAUGAGGUGCCACACUACUACAAGAAUCAUUCUGAGGGCAGCGUGGGCCGCUACGGAGAUGGAGAGACCAUCAUCUACCGGAAGCCAGAAAAAGGGUCCAAGGGCUUGUUCCCCAUUCCACUUGUCAACCUGCCCCCGCUACCCCCUGGUGCACCCCGGCGCUUCCACUGCCGUGAGUACUCCAUCCCCGUCCCCACAGAGCGCCGCGAGCAGAUAGAGGCCAUGAAACGCAAGGCCCAGGCCAAGCGGGAAGAGGAUGCCAAGAUCACAGGCACUGGAAUGAACUGCAACGUUCUCGCUGAGCGCCAGCACCUGCCGUACGUGUGGCCAUGCGAAGAUGGUGGGAGACUGGACUGGGUGAUGUGGAGAAGAUUGAGGAGUGCAGGUAUGGAGCCAGGGAUGAACAGGACCAUAAACCUUUAGUCUACAGUCUUGCCCCGGUUAUAUCAGAUGAUCCUUUUACAUUUGGCCCAGAGGAACUGUUUUAUUCAACCGAUGAUUAAUACUAUGUUGGGCUGAUAUUUAAUUGUUUAAUUUGAAUGAAAAUAAAUUAUUAUUAUCAUUAUUAUUAUUGUUAUUAAAUAAACA